AUAUUAAAGAAAAAACUAAAUGGGACCGAGAGAAAAGCAAGAAAAAAGUAUUCUUACAUGUCGAAAAUGAAGUAUCCGAAGACAUUCAGGCUAAACAAUUAACCGAAGCCGAAAAGGACUACCUUUUUUACAUUGCCAACCCAGAUAUUACCAAUGAAAUUAAAAAGAUGGAAAUUUACUCUCCUUCCAAAGGAACUGAAGAAAGAGAUAGAUUAUAUAAAGAUUUUCAUGAGGAAUUAAGUGAACUCAAAGAAGUUUACGGCUGUGAGGGCAUCCAUACUCUAUCUUAUGGCAGUUUAGGAGAACAUCAGCAAGAAAUAUUAUUAGAAAAAGAAGUGGAGAAUUUGGAGGAUGAUGAAGAGAAGUCGGAACAAUCGGAACAAGAAAAAGAAAUCCCCAAGAAGGAAAUAUUAGAGUUAGAAAAGAAAAACGGAACCGAACAAAGACAAAUUGAUGAACUAAAAGAAGAAAUCAGAAAUGAUUUAAAGCAGCAACAAAAAAAUAUUAUUCCGACUUUUCAGACUAACGACCAAUUAUUAACUCCCCCUCCCACUCCUCCUUUAAAACCAAGCCAAAAGGAAGAUUUACCACCCCCGAUUGAGGAAUUAAGUUGGAACAGCAAAACAAAGUCGGAACAACAAAAAAAUAAA